CUGAUCAUUACAACUUUUGAAAUUGUACAUAUGUAUGUAUGUACAUAUUAGGUGUUGCAAACAACCGUUAAGUGUACAAAACUAUUAUAAUCUAUGCAACAUGGUGAGAGAGUAUAGAAAUUAUUAGAAACAUGUUCAUUUCCUAGCCACCAUCUCUAAUCCACGUUUCACUGUACUGACAACUCCUUUUAAUUAUAAUAAAAAAAGGGAAGCAUUUACAAGGCAUAUUUGAUAAUUUCUUUGAAAUCCGAGCUUUAGUUUCGCGUCGAUCGUUGAGCGUUGCGUUUUAGCAAUUUGCUUUGAUCGCAAAGUGUAUUGAUACAUCACAAAUUACUGUUUAAUAAAACAAAUUUAGUUUUAAAUAAAAGGACAUAAAAAAUGGGCAAAAAUAAAAACAAAGGAAAAAAAGGCAUCCCUGAAAUUGUGGAGAAACCUUUAACUACGAACACUGGCAAGACCUACGCAGAUGUCUGCUCGAAAUUCAAAGAGGCUCUUAGUAUCAAAGAAGAUGUCGUAGAGACACCGGGUCCGAGUGUGUCUUGUCUUACUCUUCCGGAUUAUCGUAUUUUUGAACAACCAAAUUUCGGACGUUUCACAGUAAUCGAAGAUCUGGCGGAAUAUUAUCCAACGGAGAAAAUGAAGAUGGCUCAGGAGUAUGGGUUUGGCCGCAACAGUCUGGCACAAAAUGACAAUACGAUUGAAGACUACUUAAACACAAAUGAAUUAACGACAAACAACGUUCGCAAGAUUUUCCAAAUGCUAAUACAAAUAGAAGAUCUUCACACUAUGCUGCAGUAUUGCUAUGUAUAUCUCGAGAAUGUAGUAGUGACUAAAAAUGAAAAAUAUAUAACAUUUUAUAUAAACGUGCCAUCAAAUAUAAAUAUUGAUGAAAUACUAAACCCUAUAAUGGAUGAGGUGGUGUUCGUGCCUCUGAUGAGUCGUGCGGUAUCACAACAUCAACUUUCUUAUCCCGUUGAUCUACUUUCACACCAUCCACAUGAAUCACUUGGAGGUGAUGUCCAGUUUUUUCGAGAAGUUGGCUUACUUGAUAAACUGGUGGGAAAAAUCGCAUAUGUGGAAUGCUCCAAUCCACGCUUCGAUACUACUAAAACAUAUGAUAUUAUAUUUCGCUCACGUCGUAUGCAUGUUCGUUAUCAGCAUCGCGCAUUGGAAUUAUUGAAUGAUGUGCGUCGUGCAUAUCUGUUUCCUAAUAUAAAUCCGUAUAAACAAGAGCAAAAAAGGAAUAUUAAAUUACAAAUAAUUAAUAGGCAGAUUAGUGAGAACCCCGAACAAUUACAAGCUGUACAACAGAUUGUCGGUGGUGCGAACCCCUAUGCGCCAUACAUAGUCGUUGGCCCACCAGGUACCGGAAAAACGACCACAAUCGUUGAAGCCAUUUUACAGCUUUACAUUAACCGACCUCAAUGUCGGAUUUUAAUUACUGCCAGUACAAACUCAGCAUGUGACACAAUUGCGCUGAAAUUAGGUGAACAAUUUGAUAAUAAUCCCUUACUUCGAAAAUUAUCAUCACAACGUAGUGGUGUCAAUUUUAUGGGACGUCCAAAACCCCCCACCGAUAUGUUACGUGUCUUCUCGAAGUCACUUUGUAAGAAAGAUAUGAAAUAUGUCAGUCGUACAAUCUUAGAGCAUUCGAAUUAUUGCAAACGGGAAUACAAAUCGCCAUCUGUGGAAGUGUUGCAAAAAUACAAUAUAAUUAUAGUGACACUCGUGACUAUGGGUCGUUUACGUACUGGCACCACGGGCGAUUGGCCAUUUACACAUGUUUUUAUUGAUGAGGCUGGUGCGACAAUGGAGACGGAAGCCUUGAUUGCCUUAACAAGUGUGAAUACGAAGAAUUGUCGUGUCAUCUUAUCGGGAGAUACGAAACAAUUGGGACCGGUUGUCAUGUCACCGAAAGCCGCUGAGCUCGGUCUCAAAUAUUCGUUAAUGGAACGUUUACUCGAACGCAAUUUGUAUGCGGUCAAUACUGAUGGUACCUACGAUUACACCUUACAGACACGUUUGAGACGCAACUUUCGUUCGCAUCCGGCAAUUGUGAAUAUCUAUAAUCAUCUCUACUAUGACAACGAAUUAUUAGCCAAAGUCAAUUUAGAUAAUUUAUUAAACUGCAAAAACUUACAAAUUUUGAAAAAUAAAAACUUCCCAGUACUUUUUCUAUCGGUUUACGGAAAAGUUGGCAGAUCGUCAACAUCUUGUAGUUCUCUUAAUACUUUGGAAAUCGAUGUACUCAUUGGGACUAUUAAACAAUUGAGAGCAAAACCUGGAGACAUUGGUGUAAUUUCACCGUAUAAAUUACAGUGUACACACAUAAAACAAAAAUUAAAAGAAAAAAAUAUACAGGGUGUUGAAGUGGGUACAGUUGAGCUAUUUCAAGGUCGAGAGAAGCCCAUCAUAAUUGCAUCAUUCGUUAAGUCAUUUUGUAAUUUAGGCUUUACCGCCGAUGAGAAGCGCCUCAAUGUUGUCCUGUCACGUGCACAAUCACUACUCAUACUCAUAGGCAAUCCACAAACACUGCAGCAAAGUGAAGACUUUGUAUAUAUAAUCAAUAAGUGUAAAUCUAUGGACAAUUAUACGAACAACGUGCUAUGAAUGAAAUGACAGCAAUCCAUGAACGGUGAAUUCGCCUAUAAUGUGGAUAAAAGUUUAAACUUUGUGUAUAAUAUAAUAAGCGUGUCUCUUAAUUUAUGCAUUAUAUGCAAAUACUUUAUUACUUAUGAAUGAAAUGUAACCAACAUACAAUACAAUGUAUGUAUGUAUAUUACUAUAUUGCAAAUCCUUCGAUUGUAAAAUAUAAUCAAAUGAAAACUAA